CUUCUCGAGGAUCGCGCAGAGAGACGAAGCGGCGCUCGUCUUCGUCUGAGCUGGGCUUCUGUGGCAGAGACCUACUUCAGGAGCCUGGGCCCGGGGCACUUUUCAGAGGGACCAGAGACCUCGCCCUGCGGGAUAAAGAGGGGCAUUACCCUGCGAGAGGGGGAAGGAGGGAGGAGCCAGGGUCCCGCAGAAAGUUCUCCUCCUCUUUCGACAAGAACAGGUGGAAGUGGGAGAAGGAGCCGAGUUAGGGCUAACUUGGAGCUGUGAAAUCUUGGGGCGGCGUUCAAGGCUCCCUCCCACACGCGCGCGCGGAGCUGAGCACCCUGCUCCUCCUUCAGCUUCUAGCGUCGCCUUCCGGGGAGAAAGAAACCGUCCUCCGGCGUGGGGAGAGCAGCAGAGCUGCGGGCAGAGGAAGAGGCCAAGGCCGAGCUCGGCAGCCCCUUGCACCAGACAGAGAGAGUUAGCAGGGGCGGACAGGUCAAGUUCGCCCACCCCGGACACGCACCCACAAUUACCUCUAAAGGACACCCCCAGAGUCUUGAGGGGCCUCUCUGUAAUCUCCGGAGUCGCCUGUACCGCCCACCCAGGCGGGAACCCUCGGAUCUAACGUCCCCAAGCUUCCGGGCACCUGGCUCAGCCGGAGGCCUCCGGCUCGGGGCAGGGCAGGGCCGGCGGCGGUGAGCCGGAGCCCGCCCGUCGCCCGAGCCCCGCCGAGCCCUCGGAGCCCACCCAUGGGGCACCGGCUCCACGUGCCUCUUCUCCUGGUCGCGCCCUUCGUGGCGCCCCGAGCCGCUCAGGGGAAGAUCCCUGCGUAGUGACUCGGGAGCCGCUGAAGACUCAGGGCAGCUCGGUGACUGCAGCAGCAGGAGGUUCCCCGCACCUCCAGACGCUUCCAGGCAGCUCUCCCAGCCGUGCCAGAGGCCAGGCUCGCCAUUCCCAGCCCCGAGCCAUGAUGAAGACCUUGUCCAGCGGGAACUGCACUUUCAGUGUGCCCGCCAAGAACUCGUACCGCAUGGUGGUGCUGGGCGCCUCUCGGGUGGGCAAGAGCUCCAUCGUCUCUCGUUUCCUUAACGGCCGCUUCGAGGACCAGUACACGCCCACCAUCGAGGACUUCCACCGCAAGGUGUACAACAUCCGCGGUGACAUGUACCAACUGGACAUCCUGGACACCUCCGGCAACCACCCCUUCCCAGCCAUGCGCAGGCUGUCCAUCCUCACAGGUGACGUCUUCAUCCUGGUGUUCAGCCUGGAUAACCGGGAGUCCUUCGAUGAGGUCAAGCGCCUGCAGAAGCAGAUCCUGGAGGUCAAGUCCUGCCUGAAGAAUAAGACCAAGGAGGCAGCGGAGCUGCCCAUGGUCAUCUGCGGCAACAAGAAUGACCACAGUGAGCUCUCCCGCCAGGUGCCCACCACGGAGGCUGAGCUGCUGGUGUCAGGGGACGAGAACUGCGCCUACUUCGAGGUGUCAGCCAAGAAGAACACAAACGUGGACGAGAUGUUCUAUGUGCUCUUUAGCAUGGCCAAGCUGCCGCACGAGAUGAGCCCCGCCCUGCACCGCAAGAUCUCCGUGCAGUACGGGGACGCCUUCCACCCCAGGCCCUUCUGCAUGCGCCGCAUCAAGGAGGCGGAUGCCUACGGCAUGGUCUCACCUUUCGCCCGCCGCCCCAGCGUCAACAGCGACCUCAAGUACAUCAAGGCCAAGGUCCUUCGGGAGGGCCAGGCCCGAGAGAGGGACAAAUGCACCAUCCAGUGAGCAGAGACGCUGGGGCAGGGCUUGGGCAGUGCCUUAAGGGAGGUGGCCUCAGAUGCCCACUGCCCACAUCCCCUGACAAGGCCCCAGCGGCAUAAUUGUUCAAGAAACUUUGGCACCAGACGGAGGCUCACCUCUACGUUCAUCUGCCUUCUCACCAUUACCCUCAGAGUCCUCUUGGCUGUGGCGCUCCCAUGGUUUCAGCUACUCCGUGGGAUGACACCUCUCUGUAGGACAAGAGACAAGUUUGGGAGACAUCAGGAAGAGACCCAGAGGGGAGCUUUCUUGUUCUUGGGUUGAAGAAAUGUUGAUGCCAGAGAAGCCGGGGCUCCUGCAUCCGACGGAGCCUCCUGGAACAAGGCACAGGAUGAAAACACCUGAGAGCCAGAUGGGAGAGGUCUCUGCUCUGGUGGGUGAGACCCAGCUGGGUUUAAGUGGCAGCUGGAAGAACGCUUGUCCCAAUCCUGAAGCCCCUCCCCUCGGGUGCAGCCGUUUCUACUCCCCUCCCCACACACGUGGGUUUCCUCCCUACCCUCUGCUGCCCCUGACCUGGGGCACGUUUGAAGGGUGGGUGGCCACGUCACUUAGACCAGGUCCUUCUCCUGACUGCGUUCCCGAUGCCCGUGCUUCGUUGUUGCGCUGUUUUUAUGUCGUGUACAGCGGUAGAAAUGGAAAUCAUUGUACUGUAAAAGCCUAGUGACCCCUCCUUGGCUGGGCCCCUGCCCAGUUCAGAUCCACUGCCUCCCUGGGGACAGCUUCCUUCCCCAGUCCCAGACAGGUCCUGACGACCUGUCAGCAGCUGGACAUUGACACCUGUGCUGAGCUCCACGGUUUACAGAUGCUGCACAAGCGUGGGGCAGGCAGGUGGGGCUGUUUCUUUCUUUCACCCCCAGUUCAUGGAGGAGACAGCUGAGCCCUAGAGGGGAGGGUGACGUGCCCCAGGCCCCCACACCCUAGUUAGGUCAGGGCACGUCUCCCUCUAGAACCAGGCUGUCUUCUUCCGUGUUUGUUCCUCAAGCAUUUAUUGUGCACCUACUGGGUGCCAGGUCCACUGUGUGCUAGAAAACAAAGAGAAUUCCGAGCCCUGGCCUCUGCCCAGGCCUGCUGCCCCACCUUCCACCCUCACAUGGAAGGAGCAGCGGGGACCAGACUGGAGCCAGGGAGAGUUCUGGCAGAAUGCUCCUAGGGAGUCUUUCUUAUGCCUGGGAUUCGGGUUAUGCUGGAUACCACCGUGGACUCAGGCGUGGUGGGCUUCGAUCCUGUAAACCAAAGGCCCUUGUCAUCAGCUCUUAACAAAUAUAUUUUAUAUUUUAAUCUCCUUAAAAAUAUUGAAGUUUAGAGCCACAGGGAAGCUUAGUGGUCAUCUAAUGAGUCUCUCUGAGGCCCAGAGAAGGUAAGUAACUUACCGCAGGCCACACAGCAAGUCUGUGCACGGCAGAAGCAGACUAGCUCUGGGCGUUCAGUGCAGUCCACAGCGUGCCCCUCUCCUGAGGGUGUCUAAUCACUGACCCUCUCCUUAGAUCAGUCAUGAAGGUUCCUAUAGGUACAUUGUGCCCAUGUAUAUAUACAUGUACACACGUGAGCACACUGAUGUACGUAUCCUAGCCCAGCUCUGCAUACCUACACUUGCACCCAGCCUUGGCCCCCGUCUGUCUGUGCUCAAAGCAGCAGCUCCGACCCUGCCUCUGUCCCCCACCUGAGCCCUCUGUGCAGACGAGACCAGGUACCUUGGUUGUGCAGGUGUGUGGCCUGGCUUCACCCAGUCACAAUUCCUUGCCCUGGACCUCUGUGUACACUAUCAAUUAAAAUGGGUUUGUUAC